CACCCUAAAGUGGGAACCUUAAAAUGAUGGAGCCUGUUUAACCCACUUGCAUGUUAAAACAUAUAGGCCAAGAUCUAAUGAGUCUUUUGAGAGUAUACUUCAAAGAGAGAGCUCUACCUAGUAAGAAAAGAAGAGGGUUUUGCAGCCGCCGAGUAUUUAAGCUUUCUGGUCUUUGGUUUUUAACUAUUGUGUGUGAAUGUGGCUGUGUGUGUGUGCACUCGAGUAUCUGUACAUGUGUUCACAUGGUGACCAGAGAGCAAUGGGAACUAGUUUUUCUAUCUAUCUUGUGGGUCCUGGCGAUCAAACUCAGAUCGUCAGGUUUGGCAGCACGUGCCUUUAUCCUCUGAGCCAUCUUGCCAGCCCGCUGCUGCGUUUUUAAUGUGACAUUGCUGAUGAAAACAGGCAUCACAACAGCAAUUCUUCAAAGUUACUGAAAAAAAAAAAAAAAAGAUACCAUUUUUCUGAGAAGGAUGUCAAGAAAUCCACCCAGUUCACGAUCCAGAUUGAACUUCGGCUCUUCAGACAGCUACAGUAUAGACGAGCUGUUUCAGACUACAGGAUGAAUUUGGAGUUGGUUUUGUGCCCCAACUCAAGAAGAUGGCCUGGUUUUAGAGGGAUGAAUUCCAGACAGCAUCCAAAGGGACAAUCCCAGCAUGAGACUCUAGGAUUGCCAGCAGCUGAUACUGGUUUCAUUCAAAUUCAGGUCUUUCCUUUUGAGACUCCGGACAAGCCUAGCUAAUCUGAGCAAAUAACUUGCAGGCCACAUGGAGAAAAAGAUCUUCCCCCAGAAGUAUGGGCUUGUUGCUUUGCAGUGAUGGUGACCUACUCCCUUUGACGAUCCCUAGGUGGAGAUGGGGCAUGAGGAUCCUCCAGGGGAAUAGCUCACCAACACUGGGCAACAGCCCUAGCCCAGGGGGUUUUAGUGCGACACUUUGCUGAACCCAGCAAGGAAGAUAAAGAGUCAAAGACAGCCACCCUACAUCAAAAUAGGAGAAAAGCUGCCGCCACAGUAGUGGCACUGACUUCACGAGCAAGUCAUUCUGUUUCAUCUAGUUCUCAAAGCCUCCCUGGGAGCUCUGUAGGAGAACUUUACCAGCUGUUUACAUACCUCAAGAUUCAUUGUGCUACCGGUGGGAUAGAAUAUACGGUUUUUCUUCUCCUCUUCUUGUUGGGCUUUGCUUGCUUUCAAUUGUAAGUGUGUAUUGGGUUGUGUGUCUUCAUUGUUUUGUGCAUCUAUUUCUUCCUUGCUUUGUGUGUCUAAUUCUUCUUCAGUGUAUCUGUUUGUUCCUUGCUUUGUGUGUCUAAUUUUUCUUAGAUGUUUCUAUUUCUUCCUUGCCUUGUACAUCUUCCUUCCUUCCUCUCCCUUGCUUUGUAUGUCUUCUUUCCUUCCUCUCCCUUGCUUUGUAUGUCUUCUUUCCUUCCUCUCCCUUGCUUUGUAUGUCUUCCUUCCUUCUUCUGUAUGUCUUCCUUCUUUGCUUGAUGUCUAUGUCUCCUCAAGUGUCUCCUCCUCCUUCUGUGUCUAUGGUGUGUCUCCUCAAGUGUCUCCUCUUCCUUCUGUGUCUAUGGUGUGUCUCCUCCUCCUUCUGUGUCUAUGGUGUGUCUCCUCAAGUGUCUCCUCCUCCUUCUGUGUCUAUGGUGUGUCUCCUCAAGUGUCUCCUCCUCCUUCUGUGUCUAUGGUGUGUCUCCUCCUCCUUCUGUGUCUAUGGUGUGUCUCCUCAAGUGUCUCCUCCUCCUUCUGUGUCUAUGGUGUGUCUCCUCCUCCUUCUGUGUCUAUGGUGUGUCUCCUCAAGUGUCUCCUCCUCCUUCUGUGUCUAUGGUGUGUCUCCUCAAGUGUCUCCUCCUCCUUCUGUGUCUAUGGUGUGUCUCCUCCUCCUUCUGUGUCUAUGGUGUGUCUCCUCAAGUGUCUCCUCCUCCUUCUGUGUCUAUGGUGUGUCUCCUCAAGUGUCUCCUCCUCCUUCUGUGUCUAUGGUGUGUCUCCUCCUCCUUCUGUGUCUAUGGUGUGUCUCCUCAAGUGUCUCCUCUUCCUUCUGUGUCUAUGGUGUGUCUCCUCAAGUGUCUCCUCCUCCUUCUGUGUCUAUGGUGUGUCUCCUCAAGUGUCUCCUCCUCCUUCUGUGUCUAUGGUGUGUCUCCUCAAGUGUCUCCUCUUCCUUCUGUGUCUAUGGUGUGUCUCCUCAAGUGUCUCCUCUUCCUUCUGUGUCUAUGGUGUGUCUCCUCAAGUGUCUCCUCUUCCUUCUGUGUCUAUGGUGUGUCUCUUCAAGUGUCUCCUCUUCCUUCUGUGUCUAUGGUGUGUCUCCUCAAGUGUCUCCUCCUCCUUCUGUGUCUAUGGUGUGUCUACUCAAGUGUCUCCUCUUCCUUCUGUGUCUAUGGUGUGUCUCUUCAAGUGUCUCCUCUUCCUUCUGUGUCUAUGGUGUGUCUCUUCAAGUGUCUCCUCUUCCUUCUGUGUCUAUGGUGUGUCUCCUCAAGUGUCUCCUCCUCCUUCUGUGUCUAUGGUGUGUCUCCUCAAGUGUCUCCUCCUCCUUCUGUGUCUAUGGUGUGUCUACUCAAGUGUCUCCUCCUCCUUCUGUGUCUAUGGUGUGUCUCUUCAAGUGUCUCCUCCUCCUUCUGUGUCUAUGGUGUGUCUUCUCAAGUGUCUCCUCCUCCUUCUGUGUCUAUGGUGUGUCUCCUCCUUCUGUGUCUAUGGUGUGUCUCCUCCUUCUGUGUCUAUGGUGUGUCUCCUCCUUCUGUGUCUAUGGUGUGUCUAUGGUGUGUCUCUUCCUUCUGUGUCUAUGGUGUGUCUCCUCCUUCUGUGUCUAUGGUGUGUCUUCCGUGGUCCCGUGUUUCUCGGCUACUUUCUUCCUUGUAGAGCUUUGAGCUUUGUCUGGUUUUCUCCUCUGGCGCCUGUGUGAUCUGUGCCUCGUCUUGGUCUGUUUUUCUCUCUGCUUGCUCUUUCUCUUAGCUCUCCUUUCACUCCUUCUGCCUUCUAUGACUCCCCUUUGGGUCCCACGUUGCACGCAUCCCUCUGCUUUCUUUGUGCUCACCUCACUUGUUUUUUUCUGUGUGAUCUGUUUGUCAGCCCGUUGACUCAACAUUUCCCAUUUUUCUUUCUGCUGUUUCUGUCCUUAGCACAUGCUUCUCUUUCUUACACCUCCUUUCUGCCUUGGGCUCUUUUCUCUCUUUUCCGUCUUUGUAGCUGUGUCUUUGCUGUUUGUGAGUUCUGAUCUCAGCAUUACUCCAUUGCGCUGUGCUUGCUUAUGCUUCUUUCUUUCUCUUUCUACUCUACUCUUUACGAGUCUGUGUGUGUCUCUCUCUCUUACUCUAAUGUAAUCCUCUCUUGGAUAUUUCUUUGUGUGUGUGUGUGUGUGUGUGUGUGUGUGUGUGUGUGUGUGUGUGUGUGCGUGCGCGCGCGCGUGAUGUGUGAUAGAGGGUCUUCCUAGCCCCUUCCAAUAGGUGCAGAGUGUCACCUCAUGCCAGACUGCCCUGCGAAAUAAUCCAAGACAAAAACAGCACUCCGGUCAGGACUGAAGUAGAUCUGAAAUGAACACAUGUAAAGGCCCAAAGUGGAAGACAGAUGUUUUGUGACUUGUGACUUAAGGACCAAGACACACAGAAGGCUUAUCUGAACUGGCUGGAAGGUUCGUGUCUUAAACUGGAUGGACAGAAUGCUGACAGCCCAAAGGAGAGGGGCUGUUUCUACAGGACCCAUGGGAAGUCUAAGAAGUGAGACCUGCGUCAUAAGACACAGCCUGAGAUAAGUCCAAGCCUAAUAACUAAGGACUCCAGCCUAUGUGGACAUAAGGCCUAAGAGAUAAAGGGUAGAAGUUGGAGGCCUAUAGCCUGAAACUCUGGAGGGACAGAAUCCUAAGACCAGGGGAAAGCUGAAGAUGAGACCCUCCCACUAACGUUCGUACUGUUAAAUCCCCUUCCUUCUCUUGGACAUUUUCAGCACCCUCUUCUGUCUCUUAGAUUUCCAUUUGCGCCAGCUUCGCUUGAGAUGUACUUUUCAAUGUUGUCCUUUGCCGUAAAGGAACAAGCUAAAGAUUGACAGUAUUGUGCACGGGUCGGUCGUUAAUCUGUUUUAAAGCUGAUUUUAGCCAUUUGUUAAAUGUUUGUGUUUUAAAACUUCCAUUUCUCUUCACAUCUGCUCCACUUGAGAGAGAGAACAAAAUCCAGCCAGUGGUAUCUAGUCUGACUUUUGCUAUUCCCCUAGGAGCAAGCAUCCAUACAGACAGAUACUGUACUUCCAUCCUCCCUAACUCAGAAGUCCUAGGCUAUGAGAAAGGAGCAUCAGACUAUUGGGGAAAACAAUAUCAGGCUGUCUAGAGAAACUAUGAAGACAUGCUCCAGACCAAUGAGAAGAAUUAGACAAGUAAUAUGCAAGUGUGCCAACCUCUGAGAAGCACCAGCCAGGAUCACCUUCCUUCUUUGGGCUUAGGUGAGCAGGGUAUGGAAUUUCUAAUAAUGGGAACAGUGAUUAGGUUUGGGACAGACAGACUGAGGUCUGAACUCCCUGCUCAUUGUAGUGGCCAAGUAAUUUGGUGCAUUUCACUGAAUCUACUCCCGGGUUUAACACCCUCCUUUAGGAUUAAAUGAGGAGAGAAUUUGGGACUGACUAGCAGGCUUCAUGGUUCUUGUGCCCCCUUCUCCCCCUUUAAGAGGGAACUUGACUUUCAAUGACUGAUACAACACCGGAGAAAAAAAGGAACAUGCCCAUAGCACACUGGCAACCACGCAUAGUUAAUAGUGGGAAAUGAGUUGAGUUUUUCUUUUAAGAACUCAGACUGUAAAUACCUGAGGCUUUGUGGGCUGUUGGUCUCAGUUGCAUAUUCUUUUAAAAAGAAAAAAAAAAAAAAACCUUUUCAGGAGGUAAGAAUCCCUCAUUGGCCUAUUGCCUGGACUGGCCCAAGCCUUGAUAUAGAUGCCAGAGAAUAUGUCUGAAUAACAGUAAUUUCCUUCUCUAUAUCUAUCUAUCUUUGUGCUGAAUACUAAGGAUGUGAUACUUAAUUGUGGUCACUUCCGGGUAACAGGAUGAUGUUACCAGGUAACAUGAAAACAUAAAUACACUUUGUAAACCAUAAAGCACACUAAAACUUCUAAGUUAGUGUUGAAUGAAUGUAUAUUACUUAGUAAAUGCAUUCUACUGGUCUAUGUGCUAUGGAUACAAAGACUGCUGUAGGAAUAACGAGUAAAAACAUGCUUUGUAAAAAAUAUAUAAACAUAAUAUGGCUUGAAUGAAAAAUAAUCCAUAUCCUUAAGGCCAAUGUUUUUACUGCUUUGGUGAUUUUCAGUAAAAUGCAUUAUACCAGGCAGCAGAAAAGAAAACACAUGGAAACCAAUUUUAAACUACAAAAUAUGCCACAAAUAAUGUGAUUAUCUUAUUAUGAUCACCUUAUAAUUUGCAAAAUACCAUGCUCAGCACCAGGGCUAACAAAGGGGGACAUUUUAGCACAGAACUAAAAUUUAAGAAAGAACAUAGUAAAGUGCUUUGUAAACUAAAGCACUAUACAGCUACAGUAGUCCAUGUGCAUGAAUGAGUGAAAACUACCUACCUCCUCCGUGUGAGGUAUUACGUGCUAGGUCCAUGAAAUACAAGAUCAGCUGGGCAUAAUGUUAAUGUGUAUGUUGGCAUUUAAAAAAAAAAAAGAUUUGUUUAUUAUGUAUACAGUGUUCUGCCUGCACGUAUCCCUGCAGGCCAGAAGAGGGCGCCAAAAUCUCAUCACAAAGAGAUGGUUGUGAGCCACCAUGUGGUUGCUGGGAAUUGAAAUCAGGACCUCUGGAAGAGCAGUCGGUACUCUUAACCACUGAGCCAUCUCUCCAGCCGCUAUGCUGGCAUUUCAUGAAAUUUGGGGCACCAUAUAAACGUAACAAUUCAUUUUCUUACUUGGUGCCAACUUCUAGCCUUUUAAAAUUCUGUCACAUUUAUUAUACUGUGCAAAUAAAGCAAAUAAGUAACUGUGGAACACUGUGAACAUGAGGCAUUCAGCAUCAAUGAAUGCAAGACUGGAUGGCAAUUAUUUAUUAUAAACAGUGCCCUUGCUAGGCACUGAGAUGCAAAAACAGCAUCCCUAGUGCCCCAUGUAUCUAAAGAAAUUACGUGCAAGUUUAAUUUAUAAUUUGUAAGCUGCCAUACAUGCCCAGUAGUCAAUUAUUUGCUUUUAUCCCAAGACACUGGGAAUACAAAAAUUCAUUGGCAUUAUUAUUACUCACAGCAGAGAUUCAUGUGGAACUUUAUGAAGUCUGCAGUUCUUGAGUAACUCUGCCAUGAAAUAUGAAUGUUUACAUUCUAUACUAUUUACUUACAAUGAAUGAGAUAAUGCUUAAUUUAUUUAAUCUGUCAAGACUUUAGUGACGAGGCAAGCUAAUACAAGAACAUUUGUCCAGGUAACAGAGGAGAAUGUUAUGGUCAUGUGUGCUUUCUUAGCUAGAAAGCACUACAGAAGUGUAAGACAUUACAUAUUUUCUAUAGAAAUAAAAAACGGCCUAUAAAAUAGGCACGGUCUCUACAAAAUUCUCAUUGUAUUCUUGGUCUUCAAUGACAAGAAUAGUAUAAAUAGUUAGCAAUCUGGGUGUGGUAGCAUAUGCUUUGAGUUCAGGCAGCUGAAGCAGCGGGACCACUUGAGCCCAGACAUUUGAGGCUGGCCUUGGAACACAGUGGAUAAAUCUCAGGAAACUAAGUGGUUAAAUGCCUGUUGAGUGAAUAUAACAAUAUUGAUUGUUUAUAUAUGAUAUAGUCUCUCUUACGGGCACUGGAGAGAUACACAGACUUACAAUUCAUUGUGCCCAAAGCUGAGAGUAAUGUUAAUGUGUAUGUUGGCAUUUUUUUAAAAAAAGAUUUAUUUAUUUAUUAUGUACUCUGUGUUCUGCCUGCACGUAUCCCUGCAGGCCAGAAGAGGGCACCAGAAUCUCAUCACAAAGAGAUGGUUGUGAGCCACCAUGUGGUUGCUGGGAAUUGAAAUCAGGACCUCUGGAAGAGCAGUCGGUACUCUUAACCACUGAGCCAUCUCUCCAGCCUCUAUGCUGGCAUUUCAUGAACGUUGGGGCACCAUAUAAACGUAACAAUUCAUUUUCUUACUUGGUGCCAACUUCUAGCCUUUUAAAAUUCUGUCACAUUUAUUAUACUGUGCAAAUAAAGCAAAUAAGUAACUGUGGAACACUGUGAACAUGAGGCAUUCAGCAUCAAUGAAUGCAAGACUGGAUGGCAAUUAUUUAUUAUAAACAGUGCCCUUGCUAGGCACUGAGAUGCAAAAACAGCAUCCCUAGUGCCCCAUGUAUCUAAAGAAAUUACGUGCAAGUUUAAUUUAUAAUUUGUAAGCUGCCAUACAUGCCCAGUAGUCAAUUAUUUGCUUUUAUCCCAAGACACUGGGAAUACAAAAAUUCAUUGGCAUUAUUAUUACUCACAACAGAGAUUCAUGUGGAACGUGAAGUCUGCAGUUCUAUAAAGCCAGGACAUAACUGUUGGCUUCAUCUGUGGACAAUGAUAACUUUCUGAGUUUCAUCAUGGCUAAAACUUAUCACCUAGUAUAUGCAUUUUACUGUGCUAUGGUGCUGUGCAAGCAAAGAUUGCGUUCUCUCAUGAAGUACUCACAGGACGUGUGAGAUCGAGACCACAACCAUACUUAACUUCAGUGAUGAAAUGAAAAAAUGGAUUUGUAUAAGGCAGUGUGCUAAAUGUUGAGCUAAGUGGACUAUCCUGUCUAGAAGGAUACUUCCCUGCUUGCUUGAUUGAAGAGAUGGAAAAAAAAAAAGUUUUCUUUGCUUUUUCCAUCCAGUUUCUUAAAUGUUGAAUACUGCUGCUGGAGAUGAAUUAGAACUCCACGGCCAGUAAAGGUGUGAAAAGAAAGGGCCAGAGUCAGGUAGUUCCACAGAGCAUGGAUAUCAGGGAACAGAAGGGCAGGAAGGGGCCAGAGCAUCAGAUGCCUACAUACUUGAUGUGGUCCAGAACCUCCCAAAACCCCAGUACUGACUGAGGACCAAGCAUCCAGAAUAUGAGCUCUGGAGGACAUUUGACAUUCAAAUUGUAAUAGCUAAGACAUUGUUUAUAUAGAAUGUGCUGAUCUAGGUCCUAAAGCUAAAACGUAAGGUGGACCUAGUAUAAAGGGCAGCACAGAUCACCAAUCAUAGCUGAAGAGGAGACACCAAGACAUGGCCUUAUUGCACAGCCCAGGCUGGUUCUAAUUGGUGAAUCUCCUGUCACAGCCUCUCAAGUGCUGAGAUUACAGAUGUGUGGCCAUGCCCAGCCUAUAGAAUGUAUCUGAUUACUGAGUAAAUAGUAUUUUAGUGGCUGUUUGCUUGGCGGUGCUAUACUUGAAGUAUUAGUUAAAUAGGUCUGGUCUAGAAGACCCACUGACUUGACCUAGAGAUUCUGAAAAUCAAAUGAAGGCCAAGAUUUAUUCAACGUAAAAUGGAGACAUCCCUAACUAAGGAAGCUCCGAAGGUCGUUUGCUCAUUGGCCUAGUUUAAAGUCAGGAUAAGGGGACUUCAAGUCUGUCCUUUAAUUCAUUAGUUACACAUUCUCCUUUUCUUACACUUAAAGUGUUUCAAAGGAGAAUCAAGAUGAACCAGUGAUUCCAGAGGUACUCAUUUGCUCGUUGCCUGGCUCAGAGUCAAGGAGAUGACAAUAAGAAAAUACUUUCACACUCAUCAUACUUAAUAAGGUCUUCAGUGUGAAUAAAGUGCAAUCCUAAGUACUGAAAAGAAUGAAGACACUUAAAGGACAGAACCCAAAGUAUACUUUGUCUCAGUAGCUUCUGAGACAGCAGUAACACAUGAGACUACAACUCUAACUUUAGCUGAAAAAAACAAACUCAAGAUAGUGAGAAGGAGAGUUAAAUAAAUAGAUCGCCUUCUCAUGGACAUGCUUGGUAGAAUGGGAAUAAAAGAGGUUCUCUAUUUCUUGAAUUAUACACAUUGCAAAAGAUCCUACUGGAUGCUAAAUGAAACACACGUGUUCCAAAAGGCACUUAGUGUGACGUACAGAUGCCUUGAAAAGCAGAGUGAUGCUCUUUAUUAAAGAGGCUGGCUCCAACAUUUUCUAGACUGAAUGCAACUUGCUUUUUAAUUGGCUCAGGUUAGAAUAUAGGAGGAAUAUUACUAUUCAUUCAUUUUCUUCAUUUAUUCAUCUAUUUUACAAGUAUUUGCAUAUAAUGCUCUUCUAGGACCUUCAUUUGGCUCCUGAGACCUGGAAAAAAAGAAACAAAUAGGCAUUCCCUCCCAGGGAACUGCUGAACUUAGGGGCCUGCUUUUUGGGUAGUGGCACGACUCAGUCCCCAAGUUAACAUGUAGUUUAACUCCUCACCCCUAUCUCUUCUCUGGCACUACAAUGAACAGGAAGCUGGGUUUUGUAGUAAGUCUGCUCCUAAAGUUGCGAGCCCUCUACUCAAAGAAACAAUGUUCUAGCCCAUGACUUAAUUUACCUAUGACCGUGACCACUACUGGUCAGGAGGUCGACAGCCACUUCGUUCCCCAACUUCAGUUUCCUUAGUAUUAUCCCCGGGGAAACAACCCAUUCUUGAGCUGCAGCAGGCUUUGAAAUACAUUUGCAAAUUUGGCCUGUCUUCAGCUUUUUACCUUUUAAACAUGCCAAAGCAUAUAAACUGCCUGAAUAGGUCUCUUUCAUAGAGUCAGAUAGCAUGCAGUAAUUGUACAAAUGUUCUUACUGUAAACAAACAAACAAACAAACAAACAAACCCCAUGUACUCAAGGCGGCUUGCUGUGGUAAAAUAAUGCCAGUGGAUGAAAAUAACAAAAUUUGAACAUGCUUGCAUGAAAUUUGAGAAUAAUAAAAUUGGAAACAAUCAGAAAAUUGGAAAGAAAGACUAUCAAAAGAACUCGGAAAACAAAUGCCUUCUACAAGGAGGACUGAGCGCUCUGACCUUUUCUGUUUUGUUUUCACUCACAGAGGGUGGGACAGGAGGAAGAGUGAAGGAAAAGGUCACAGCUCCGUCUAGAGAGCAGCUCACCUGUUCUUCGUUGGUCUGAAGAACAUCACUGCUUUCUGGAACCUAGACUGGGACUGCUUUUACUUGAAUGCAGUUCCAAUAACUAAACAAUGUUGAGAAGAGGUAUCAAUUUGGUCAAUGUUCCUGAAAAUAUAAUAUUUUCAUCUAAAUGGCUAUCAGCUAAGUCUUGAGUUAAAUAGGGAUGAAAUAUAUUAAUUUAAUCAAUGUGACCUCUUUAUCCAAGUUGCCUUAAAGCUGAAGUCACAAUUUGCUGUAAGAAGGGCUUAGUCAUUGCAGCCCAUACAUACUUUAAAGUAUCUAGACUGUACUUUGCUUGGCAAGCCAACGUUAACAUCUACAAAUGGGGAAGGAAACAGAAAAAGAAAAGAGUAGACGGAGCCAGGUUGAAGAGGUCUGGGAGUUUUUUCUUUGUUUUCAUUAAAACUAAAUUGGGCAGACACAGCUAAAGUGUUACUAAUGUUAGCUUUUGAUUUGUGGGAUCAGCUGGACUCAGUUAAUAUCCCUUUGUAUGGGUAGGGAUGGGGGCUACAUUUCUGGAAAGUGCAAAGAAAACAAUAACUAAAAGCCUUCCUUUCACAGUUUCUGCGAUCACUACAGAUUAAGCAAAAACAAAAAAAAAAAGAGCAUCUUAUCGUCAUCUGCUUUGG